UAAAAAAGUAGAAAGCGUGUUCACUACCUCUCUCUGUUUUUUCUUUUGGUGGGUUUUUGGUUGGAUUGGUUCUUGUGGUUGUUUUCUUGCCAAUUCUCUGGCUUUGUGAUUUGUUAAUUUGUUGUUCUGCUGAGCUAUUGUUCCAGUUGGUGUGUUUCCCUUUCAUUGAUCUCGAGUUUGUUUUGCUGGAUCAUUUUCUCUUUACGUAUUUACUGAGUGUUUGCAGAACCAGAUUUCCAGGAACUGUUUUUCUCCCAUGGCCUUGAGCACCCACAGAGCUUCUACAUCUCGUACUUCAGCUGAAUGGGCUCCUCCUCGAUGGAAGCAUGAUGUUUUUCUGAGUUUCAGGGGCGAAGACACUCGCAAGGGUUUUAUCUCUCAUUUAGACCAUGCAUUGGCCUACUGGCAAGCAAUGAGAACUUUCAAGGACGAUCGAGAACUUGAAGUAGGAGCAACUAUUUCUCUGGAGCUGUUGAUCGCAAUCAAAGAAUCGUAUCUUGCCAUCAUUGUUCUCUCCCCAAAUUACGCUUCUUCCACUUGGUGCUUGGAUGAACUCUCAAAGAUUCUUGAAUGCAUGGAAGACACCAAGAGAAUUCUGCCAAUCUUUUAUGACGUGGAUCCUUCCCAUGUACGAAACCAAAAGGGGAGUUUUGCGGAAGCUUUCACUAAGCAUGAAGAAAGGUUUAGUGGAGAUGCAGAGAAGCUGAAUCGGUGGAGAGCCGCUUUAAGAAAUGUUGCCAAUCUCGCUGGCUUAGAUUCAAAAAAUUAUAAGUCAGAAGCAGAGCUUGUCGAUGACAUUGUCAAACGUGUGCGGAAGAAAGUGAAUCUUACAUCCACGUUGUUAGAUUCUGAAGAGAAGUUAGUCGGAAUUGAUUCUGCACUUGAUCAACUACGCUUGCAUUUAGCUCCCGAAGAAAAUGAUGUCCGCUUUAUAGGGAUAUGGGGGAUGGGCGGGGUAGGCAAAACAACCCUUGCUAAAUUAGUUUUUGAGAGAAUUUCCCAUCAUUUCGAGCAUCGCUCUUUUCUACCUAAUGUGAGAAAGGGAGAGGUUUCUGGUCUAGGAAGACAGCUGCUUUCCUCAAUCUUGAAGGAAAAUUAUAUCCCAGGUUGGGAUGAAGGGGAGGGAAUCCUUAAGAACUGUUUAUUGAAUAAAAAGGUUCUUCUCGUGCUUGAUGAUGUGGAUCAACUAAACCAACUAGAAAAAUUGGUUGGAAACAAAAAUUGGUUCGGUGCGGGGAGUAGAAUUAUCAUCACAACUAGAGAUAAACGUCUACUUGUUCAGCAUGGUACAACAACGUAUAAGGUCGAGGUCUUAAAGAAUGAUGAAGCUCUUAAGCUCUUUAGUCGACAUGCCUUUAAGAAAGAUCAGCCUGAGGAAGGUUUUCAGGAACUGUCUCAGCAUUUCCUAAAUUAUGCCAACGGCCUUCCAUUAGCUCUUAAAAUUUUGGGGCUUGCUUUGUAUGGGAUAGAUCAAGAUAUGUGGGAGAGUGCGUUGGAUAAUCUAAACAAAAUUCCUAAUCCAACAAUUUUUCAUUCACUCAAAGUAAGUUAUGAUGGACUAGAAGAGAUGGAGAAGAAAAUUUUUCUGCAUGUUGCGUGUCUCCAUAGAGGGAAGAAUAAAGAGCAAGUAAUUCAAAUACUAGACUGGAGCCUUGGCAUUUCCAGUCUUAUUAAGAUAGAUAUUCUUAUUAAGAAAUCUCUCUUAACUAUUGACGAACGCUUUCAUAGAAACAAUGUUGAGAUGCAUGAUUUGAUACAAGAAAUGGCAUGGACAAUUGUUCGUGAAGAGUCUCCCGAGCCUGGUAAAUGGAGUAUUUUAUGCUGUCACGAGGACAUUUCUCGUGUAUUGAUGAACAAUACGGGAACGGGAGCAAUUGAAGCCAUAGUCCUACGUCUACCCAAAUUUGAAGCAGUGCCCUGGAAUUGUACUAAAGCCUUCAAUAAGAUGCACGGGUUAAGGCUCCUUGACUUUGAUAAUGUGGUGUUUUCUUCAUGCCCUAAAUUUCUUCCAAAUUCCUUAAGAAUUAUCCAUUGGAGCUGGUAUCCUUCCAAAUCGCUCCCAUCAGGUUUCGAACCACAUUUGCUUUUUGAACUGAAAAUGAGGCAUAGCAAACUUGUCCAGCUUUGGGAUGGAGCACAGGAUUUUCCGAAUUUGAAAUAUAUGCAUCUUGGGUGGUCUAAAAAUUUGACCAGUAUCCCAGAUUUUACACGCAUUCCAAAUCUUGAGGAAUUGCAUCUGUUUGGUUGUAAGAAAUUAGGCGAGGUUCACCCGUCUAUUGCAGUUCACAAAAAGCUGAAGGUUUUAACUCUUACUUCUUGUAUAAGUAUCAAGAGUCUCCCAAGUAAGUUGGAAAUGGAUUCUCUUGAAUUCUUUAGUCUUUGGGGCUGCUCAAAAGUGAAAAAGAUACCAGAAUUUGGGGAACAUAUGCAGAACCUGUCAAAGCUUUUUCUAUAUGAGACUGCUAUCGAGCAAAUACCUUCAUCAAUUGAACAUCUAGUUGGCCUUGCUAAAUUGGAUGUAAGUGAUUGCAAAAGACUCUUGGGUCUGCCGAGUGCGAUAUGCAAUUUGAAGUCUCUUAAAAUCCUCUUGGGGGGUCGAUGCUCUAAACUUGACAAACUGCCAGGGGACAUGGAGUCUUUAGAGGAACUUUAUUUAAGUGGAAGUGCAAUGAGAGAGCCGCUUGUUGCUAUGAAAAAUCUCAAAAAUCUAUCCCUUCGUGGACCAGUUGAUUCAAGGGAUGGCAUUUGGUGUGGCCUUGACUGCUUACUUGGAAUUAGGAAGAGUGUUGACCCUGACCCUUGGCGUUUGGUGUUGUCUUCUCUAACUCAUUCAGGGUCUUUGACUAAAUUAGAUCUGAAUGAUUGUAAUAUUGGUGAAGGAGCCAUUCCAGAUGAUAUCGGCUGCUUGUCUUCUUUAAAAGAGUUGAAGCUUAGUGGAAACAAUUUCGUUAGCCUUCCCUCAAGCAUUAGAUUCCUUUCUGAGCUUGUGUAUCUUGAAUUGGAGAGGUGCAAAAGGCUUGAGCGAUUGCCAGAUCUUCCGUCAAGUAAAUACUUAUUCGUAAAUGUGAACGACUGUACUUCCUUAAAUGGGUUGUCAGAUCCAUCAAAGUUGAGCGAAGGAGCCAAUGUGUAUGAUUUGAAGUUCAGUUGUGUUAAUUGCUUCAGAUUGGUUGAAGAAGGAGGCUGGAUCUGGAUUAAUAGAAUAUUUGCAAUGAUAUUGACAAUGGCCACCUGUCCUGAUAACAGUUUUUUUGGGCCUUCUCAUACACACCGUUUUGCAUGGCUUUCUUGUACACACCGUUUUGUAUGGCCUGGAAGUGAAAUUCCAGAGUGGUUCGAUAAUCGACGUGUGGGAGAUUCAAUAAUUGUGGAGCUGCCUCUACCUCCACAAACAUGCAGUGACUGGGUUGGGAUUGCUUUGUGUAUUGUUUUUGAAGAUUCUGAAACAUGCAGUGAGUAUGAUUAUUUAGAAAUUUACACAUCACCUAUGCGUUCAAUGGAUUGGACACCUAUGGGUUCAAUGGAUUGGCCUAAGUUUAAAGUCGGGCAUCUUGGGUCACAACACCUUUGGGUUUUCUAUUUGCCUCGCGAUAAAUCCAGGCUCAAGGACGCCUCUGGCAAUCAUCGGUUUUCAUUCAAAGGGCAGUAUCAUAUGUCUUCAGCCACAUCUUGUUGGUCACACAAAUCUUGGAAAGCACCACGCAAAGUACGCUCGAUUAUAAAGAAAUGUGGGGCCCGUUUGGUGUACCAGAGAGAUUUGGAAGAAUUCAGCCGAAUUCUGAAAAUCCCGAAGCCAGCAGCACUACAGGCAUCCGAUGACGAGGAGGCAGGUCCAAUUGGUAGUAGCGGAAGUGGUAGCUCUGAUGACCAUGAUGAACCAUGAAUUUGGUUGCUCUAAUGACGAGGAUGAACAAGGAAUUGGUAGCUAUGAAAAUGAACCAGGAAGUUAUAGCUCUGAUGAAGACGAUGAACCAAUCAGCAAAA